GUGUGCCAACAAAGUGCUUCUUCAGAUUAUUGUAAACUUCCUGGCCCUUCCCAGAAUAAACUUUAGAGGAAGUGCUAUUAAACCACGUACGUAGAAUCAUUAUGGAUUUAGGGCUCUGCAUUAGUGUUUCUUUAAUGUUUUUCAGUACACUUUUAUUUUUAAUUGUUAGAAAGAAUACAUCUGGACCAAAGCAAUCUCUUCCUCCAGGACCUCGACCGUUGCCUCUUCUGGGAAAUUUAUUGCACCUAAAAGGAGAAACAUUGGUGAAUGCUUUUCUAAAGCUUGCUGACAAAUAUGGACAGGUAUUCACAUUGCAUUUAGGACCUAGGCGGGUGGUGGUAAUUUGUGGAUACAACCAUGUGAAGAAAGCCCUCGUGGAUCAAGCUGAGGACUUUGCUGCAAAACCUGACUUUGCAAUUACAGAUAGGACCAGUAAGGGAUAUGGAAUUGCGUUCACUAAUGGAAACAGAUGGAAGCAGCUUCGACGCUUUUCCCUCAUGACGCUGAGGAAUUUUGGAAUGGGAAAAUGCAGUAUUGAAGAGCGCAUCCAGGAGGAAAUUAGUUUCCUGGUCGAAGAAAUUAAGAAAACAAAAGAGAUGCCCUUCAAUCCUGGAUUUUUCUUAAAGCGGUCUGUGUCAAACAUCAUUUGCUCAAUUAUGUUUGGGAAACGCUACGAAUACAAUGAUGAAGAGUUUCACAAAUUACUUGAUCUACUCAAUGAAAACCUACGCCUUGUGGACAGUUUUUGGGUUCAGAUGUACAGUCUUUUUCCUAGCGUUGUGAAGUACCUCUGGGGAUCCCACAAUCUACUGUUUGAAAACUAUAAAAAACAGAAACAGUUUGUGGCAAAAAUUGUAGAAGAUCACGAAAAGUCUUUUGACCCAUCAUCCCCUAGGGACUACAUUGACGCCUUUUUAAUCAAAAUACUAGAGGAUAAAGGAAACCUAAAUUCAGAAUUUCAUCAUGAAAACCUGGUAGUAACAGCACUUGACAUAUUUUUUGCUGGAACUGAGACAACAAGUGUGACAUUACAAUAUGGACUCCUACUUCUUUUAAAAUUCCCUCAUGUUGAAAAAAAAAUUAAUGAAGAGAUUUUGCAAGUGAUUGGCCCAAAUCGCAGCCCUUGUAUGGAGCACAGAAGCCAGAUGCCCUACACAGAAGCUGUGAUACAUGAGAUUCAGCGAUUCAUUGACAUUGUACCGAUUGGCAUCCCAAGAGCGACAACACGAGACACAAAAUUCAAUGAAUACAAUAUUCCUAAGGACACCUUUAUUUUUCCUGUCUUGAAUUCUGUUCACUUCGAUCCAACACAAUAUAAGGACCCAGAGAACUUCAAUCCCAAUCAUUUUCUGGAUGAAAACGAACAUUUUAAAAGGAAUGAUGCUUUCAUGCCAUUCUCUGCAGGAAAACGAAUCUGCAUUGGAGAAGGCCUAGCUCGAAUGGAGUUGUUUUUAUUCCUUACCACCAUUCUACAAAACUUCUCAAUUAAAGCUCCCACUGAUGUCAAAGAAAUUGAUAUCUCACCGGAGUACAGUGGGUUUGGCAAAAUGCCCCCUUAUUAUGAGUUCUGCCUUCUACCUCGCUCUACCUAAGCAUUGAACUGCAGGAUUUCUGAAGAACAUUACACCACCAAUGUGCAUAAUUCAUUUCACGAUGCUUUCAAAUUCCCAAGUCAGUGUACUGUAAUCUGUCAGUGGACAAGAAUUAUCACCUUACUGUAAAAGUAAAAAUAAUAUGAAA